GGUCGUCACAGCUGUGUGUGUGACUGUAGUUGCCAUGACGUGGUGUGUCUCCACCGGGCUGUUGGUCUCUGCUGCUCCUCUUCCACUGAUCACACUCAGAGAGAUCAACAGCUUCCUCUCGACAACAAACACCAUUACUCGGUCUGGUUAACGGCUCUUUAUGUCGGCGAUGAUGAGGUGGUGACACUGGGUCGGCCAGGCCGUGAGAUGAUUACAGCUUGGCGCAGAGAAAAGACGGAGCAGUGUGAUUGAGAAAGAAGAAAUGGGCAGGAGCACCUGGGGCUGCUGGCAAAGCGUCGUCUCUACUGCAGUGCUCUACGGCUCUUUGGCCUUGUUUACCUCCAUCCUCCACAAUGUGUUCCUCCUUUACUACGUGGAGACAUUCGUGUCCAUCUAUAAGAUUGAUAAAGUCUCCUUCUGGGUGGGAGAGACAGUGUUCCUAAUAUGGAACAGUUGUAAUGACCCUCUCUUUGGCUGGCUGAGUGAUCGCGCCUUCCUCAACUCUCCUCAGUCAGGCUCUCAGAUCACAACUCCAGAGGUGGUGCUGAAGCGCCUGAAGGCCCUCUCCACAAAUGGCCCCCUCUUCGCUCUGUCCUUCCUGGCCUUCUGGGUGGCGUGGGCCAGUCCGGGGCUGCAGUUCAUACUGUGCCUGUGUCUGUACGAUGGUUUCCUCACAAUGGUGGACCUCCACCACAGCGCCCUGCUGGCGGACCUCGCUGUGUCCACCACCGAUCGCAACCGCCUCAACUUCCACUGCUCCGUGUUCAGCGCUUUGGGCUCAUUCUCCGUAUUCCUGUCUUACUCCUUCUGGGACAAGGGGGAUUUCUACUCCUUCCGUCUCUUCUGUGUGACUCUUGCAGCUUUUUCCAUCUUGGGCUUUUUCUCAGUGUCUCGAUUGCUACAGCGUCGUUUCCAGAAGGAAGUCCGUCCAAGACAGGAUGAGGCACAGACACUCAAAGAGCUGAGUGUUGGCCAAGCUCCACUUACCCACCCAGAAAACCCUGUCACCAUCGGACAGUACCUCAAGCAGCUCUCCAAACAUAGGAACUUCCUGUGGUUUGUGUCAAUGAACCUCAUUCAGGUGUUUCACUGCCAUUUCAACAGCAACUUCUUCCCUCUUUUCCUGGAACAUCUCCUGUCUGAUAAUAUUACUGCCUCUACAGGUUCAAUCUUACUCGGCAUCUCUUACAUUGCCCCCCACCUGAACAACCUGUAUUUCCUGACACUGUGCCAGCGUUACGGGGUUUACCAGGUUAUCCGCUGGCUAUUUAUGCUCAAACUGGGACUUAGUGUGGCUAUGCUGGUGGCAGGGGCUGACCACAUUUAUCUGCUGUGCAUCUUCAUUGCUAGUAACCGGGUGUUUACAGAAGGGACGUGCAAGCUGCUGAAACUGGUUAUUUCCGAUCUGGUGGACGAGGACUUUGUGGUGAAUCGACGUCCGCAGGCCGCUUCUGCUCUCCUCUUCGGGAUGGUGGCCUUGUUGACCAAACCUGGGCAGACGUUCGCCCCUCUUAUUGGCACCUGGCUGCUGUGUGCUUACACAGGUUAUGAUAUUUUUGAGAGGCAACCCGUGAAGGACUCUCUGGUUUCCAUGCCUGAAGUUGCCUCCGGCUCAGGGACUCCGCCGCUACGCCUGGGCUGCUUCUACAUGGUGGUGUUUGUGCCUAUCACCUGUGCCCUGCUCCAGCUGGCCGCCUGGUCUCGCUUCACCCUUCACGGCCGCAAACUGCAAGGGAUCAAGACCCUAAGGCAAGGGGCCCAGAAUGGCCAACUUAUCGAUGUCAAGGCCAUAUGAACUGAAUAGAGCUGCCGUGAAGCUGCACACAGACACUUUUAAAAUGGUCGGUUUUUACAAUCCCCUUUGUGCAGCCCAGCCUUGUGCGCGAGAAUAUAAACCACUACACAACAAUGUGGCUUUGUGGACAGUGAAAGAUGCACAAUAGGCUGACAAAUCCAACUGGGGCAAACAUGAAUAAAAAUAUGAAACCUGCCUUAUUUUUAUAUUAAAAUAUUUUGAUCUAUAUUUAUAUUUGAACAGAUGACCAAAAGAUAAAGUAGAACCAAUCAAUCCUUUUGGAUGUAGACGGACCAAGGUGACAACUUUACAUGGUGUGCGCCAAAGAUUGGGUGCCCUCUUUUUAAAUGGUUUGUGAAGCAUAAUUCUGGAGUACAGUCUGAACGCCACAGCUGCUAAAAUGAUUCAUCAGUAACAUCAGCCUGAUUUUAAAAAACAGGAGGAGGGGAGGAUAACAACAGAUUUCCAUUUCUGAUUUCUGAAGCUAUUAACAAGAUGAAGAACAUGAAAUAAACUUGCAUUAAUGUGUUCAGAGUGCUAUUAAUACUGCAUGGAAUCCACUUCCAGUUGUUUUACUGUCUCUUUACAUUUACACAGAAUGCCCUGCCAGUUUGAUGUAAAGAAUUGUAUUUUCUGAUAACGUACAGUAUUGAUGAUGUUUUUGCACAAAACUGCCAUUUGUCUGUUGUACUUCUAACAUUCUGAUUGUGACAUAUUUUGUGUACGCUAAUGUUUAAAAUCUGAAUUGGGAAAUGAUGCUGGUAACCAUAUUUAUCAGUUCACUUUUGUAAUUUUUCAAAUUAUACAAAGAAUGGGUGGCACUACCACAAAUAAACCUCAUCUAUGUUGAAAGUCAACCAAA